UGUGGGAAUAUGCGCAGAGGAAAUGAUGUGGUAAUGGUCGUCUAAUUACAGCGAGUCGCGGAGGGCACUUCCUCCUACAGGAACGAACGCAGCCUACUCUGACAUCGAGGGAUGUCCCAAACCCAGGAAUCGUUGCUGAAGUAAAUGCAUGAAAUUUCUUUUCGCUAUGGCUUCAGAAAGGUUUGAUCAAAGUUGAUCAACUUUAUGGACGUCGACGGAGGGCAAUGUCGAUUGAAGACGGAGACGUUUUACGAAAGCGAAGCAAGACGUUAUCUUCGAAUUUCAGCCAGAUGGCAGAAUAGCAAGGAUUCAGCCGAAAAGAGUUGGCAACAUUGUUUGGCCGCCGUCUACCGAGCACUUCCUGCAUUAUUAUCAACAUAGGUCCACGAUGUUCCAUGGCGUCAUGAUUCUCCUGGUCCUCACCGUGGUGGUGUUACCUGCCUCCAGUGUGCAAGGUAAGCCUUUGAUGAACGGAGAGAAUUGGAAAGAAAGAGGGAGAGACUCUGAGCUAAUAACCCGGGACCCACUGGCAUCGUGUGUGUGUGUGACGGGCCCGCGUGCUCCCACAUCAACCGCUGCUUCGCCGCGCGGCACUGCUUCUCUGCCCUGGAGCCCCAGAAUGGGACGGACCCCCAGCGGCGGCGGUGGAGGGGGGUGUGUGGCAGCGGGGGACGCCGGGGAGGAGGAGGAGGAGGAGGAGGAGGAGGUGGAGGGGGGCGGCCCUGCCGUGCACUGCGGGAGCCCCGGCGUGUUCUGCUGCCAGGAGGCCCUGUGCAACAUGAACGUUUCCGUGGAAACGCCCGCCAGAGAGGGGGCGCCAGCUGUGGCCGUACCCGAGGCGAAGGAGCCCGAGCCGACGGCGGAGCAGCACGAGCAUGAGCAGGAGUGUGUGUGCGAGGGGCCGGCGUGUCCCCCCGGCGGCCGCUGCAUGGGCCGCCAGUGCUUCUCGUCGCUGUCGCUCAACAACGGCGUGCCGGUCUACCAGAAGGGCUGCUUCAAGGUGUACGAGCAGGGCAAGCUGACGUGCAAGACUCCGCCCUCGUCCACACAGGUGGUGCACUGCUGCACGGGACACCUGUGCAACGUCAACCGCACCGUAGAGCUGCCGGUCAGAGCGAGUGACGGCCGCAGCUCUAGCGUGACCUCUCUGGCGGUUGUGAUCGUGGCGCCAGUCAUCGUGCUGAUCGUCCUGUCAGCCGUGGCCAUCCUGGUGUUCCGCCGCAUUCACAAGAACCAGAUGGAGCAGCUCACCGCGCGGGAUGCUGAGUACGGCACCAUCGAUGGCCUCAUCGCCUCGAACGUCGGGGAGAGCACACUAGCGGAUCUGCUCGAUCACUCCUGCACAUCAGGCAGCGGAUCCGGACUCCCCUUCCUUGUCCAGAGGACUGUAGCCAGACAGAUAACGCUCAACGAAUGUGUGGGUAAGGGGCGGUACGGAGAGGUGUGGAGAGGCCAGUGGCAGGGUGAGAGCGUGGCGGUGAAGAUAUUCUCCUCCCGAGACGAGAAGUCUUGGUUCCGAGAGACGGAGAUCUAUAACACCGUGCUGCUGAGACACGAGAACAUCCUGGGCUUCAUUGCGUCGGACAUGACUUCGCGAAACUCCAGCACGCAGCUGUGGCUGAUCACGCACUACCAUGAGAUGGGCUCCCUCUACGACUACCUGCAGCUGAGCACGCUGGACACGGCGGCCUGCCUGCGCAUGGCGCUGUCCAUCGCCAGCGGCCUGGCCCACCUGCACGUGGAGAUCUUCGGCACGCAGGGCAAACCGGCCAUCGCCCACCGUGACCUCAAGAGCAAGAACAUCCUGGUCAACAAGAACGGCCAGUGUUGCAUCGCUGACUUGGGCCUGGCUGUCAUGCAUUUCCAGGACACUAAUGAGCUGGAUGUUGGCAACAACCCUAAAGUGGGCACCAAGCGCUACAUGGCCCCAGAGGUGCUGGACGACUCCAUCCAGACAGACUGCUUUGAGUCGUACAAGCGCGUGGACAUUUGGGCCUUUGGCCUGGUGCUGUGGGAGAUCGCUCGGAGAACCGUCAGCAACGGAAUAGUAGAAGACUACAAGCCUCCCUUCCAUGAUGUUGUUCCAAGCGACCCCAGCUUUGAAGAUAUGAAAAAGGUUGUGUGCAUAGAUCAACAGAGACCCAACAUCCCCAACAGAUGGUUCUCAGACCCAACUUUAACAUCCAUUGCUAAACUCAUGAAGGAGUGCUGGUAUCAGAAUCCAUCUGCAAGACUAACUGCAUUACGCAUCAAAAAGACUUUGACAAAAAUCGACAACUCUCUGGACAAAAUCAAAGCGGACUGUUGAACUCCUUCCAGAUGGAAGACCCCCUAAAGGCCUUUAACAGAAGUCCAGUCGGAGGAGCUCCUGGGGUGGACUGCACGCCAGGACCCUCCCGGGAUCUAGUGCUCUUAUAGUGGCACAUUGUAUUUAUUUUAAACUCUCGAUGGGACACAUUUUGGCAUCCAAAGAUGGUGUAGUGGGCAUUUAAAAAAGAUCUGGGAAAAAAGACUACUGAUAGUCUUUGCUAUUUGGUGACUAUCCCUUUUAAGACAUAGGAACUUUCCCACAUAGUCAUAUUCUUCAAGGAAGAAAAAAACUGUUACUUGGGCAUUUUAGGAGAACGUAUGUUACACCUUUUUUGGUUUUGACACAGCUUUUGAUUUGAAAAAAGAAAUGUCUGAAAAAGAAUAUUUCAUUUAGCAAUAUUGUAUGUGCUUUACUUCCUUUAUUGCACUAGCAAUCUUUGCAUUCCUUACUUGCACUGUUACAGAUGCAUCUGGAGAGAAAAAAACUCAACUUGCCAAAAAAGGGGAGUUCCUUUGUGUUUCACAAUCACCAUAUCUCUAUAGUAAUCAGAGAACACAACAACAAAGGAUCAACUUCGGCUGCAUCUCUUGCACUUGUGUUUACGAAAGGAUGUUCCUCUGCAAUUUACAACAAACCUGUAAUUUAUUUAACACACUAACAUUACAAUAGUACUGCAGCUUUAGUCACUCUCGUCCUCCUUCCGAGAUGUCUGAUGUAUCCUGCUACAGAACAUUUUGUAUAUCACCAAGCAUUUAGCAUUAUGUAUCUGUUUUGUUUGUUUGUUUCAUAAGCUUUAUUUGAUACAGAUGCUAAAAGAGUAAAUAAAAAUUUACUAGAUCAUGCUGAACUCAACAUAUAAAGUAAUGCCUGUAACGGUUUAUUGUCUUACUGUGUACAUUAUCAAAGUAAUUUAAGUUCAACUUUUUUAUUUUAUUUCAUUCUUAUUUUAUAUCAGUUAGUUAUUUCAAUUAAUUAAAUAGAAAACCAAAUGCA